UCGUCUCCCAGCUUCUUCGUGGUGGCGCAAGCGCCGCGAUAUCCGAUAAACCCGCAAAUCCUGACGGCAGCAACUCUGCAAGAGCGAAGCACCCGCCGGCCCGCGCCCAUGGCCCUCGCCACCGCUGCCGUCUCCCUCCACCCUUUACUCACCCGGCCUGCCUCCGUGCUCCGCGUAGGCAUCCGCCUCCCACCCCUCCUCCUCCGCGCCACCUCGUCCACCUCCACCUCCGCCUCCCCGGACUUCAACAUCACCUUCGCGGAGCCCGCGCCGUCCAAAAAGGCCCCGUCCGCGCAGCCACUGGUCCCGUGGAUCGUCCGCGGGGAGGACGGCAAGCCCCGCCUCAGCACCUCCCCGCCGCCGGACGUGCUCCAGGCCAUCGCGCUCGCCGAGGCGGAGGCUAAGAAGGCCGCCAAGAAGGAAACCCUCAAGGGCCCAAAAGGCGCGGUUGCUGCCGCCGCCGCCGCGGCUGCUUCCAAUGCCAGCGUCAAGGCACGGAAGGCCGCCCCGACCGCGCCGCCCAAGUUCUCCAAGGCGGCCAGGAGGUUUUACAAUGAGAAUAUCAAGGAGCGGGAGCCGCAGCGGCUCGCCAAGGUCCUUGCCGCCGCAGGAGUGGCAUCAAGAAGGACCAGUGAGGAGCUCAUCUUCCAAGGGAAGGUGACUGUCAAUGGUUCAGUCUGUACUUCUCCUCAGACCAAAGUUGACAUCUCAAAGGAUUCUAUCUACGUUAAUGGGAAUCGCAUUUCCAAGAAGCUGCCUCCGAAGCUGUAUUUUGCUGUUAACAAGCCAAAGGGGUACAUUUGCUCAUGUGGUGAAGACUCAAAGUCUGUUGUCUCCUUAUUUAAUGAUUAUUUGAAGGGCUGGAACAAGAUUCAACCAGGACUGCCAAAACCACGCUUGUUUACUGUGGGUCGUCUUGAUGUUGCCACGUCUGGUUUGAUAAUAGUCACAAAUGAUGGUGAGUUUGCUCAAAAACUUGCACAUCCUUCUUCAAAUGUAACAAAAGAAUAUGUGGUAACUAUUGAUGGUGCCGUGCACAAAAAACACCUCAUAGCUAUCAGCGAAGGCACAAAAAUUGAUGGGAUCAUGUGCAUUCCUGAUUUAGUAGAAUCAUUGGAUGCCCAAUCAGAUACAAGGAAGACCCGCCUGAAGAUAGUGGUUCAUGAAGGACGAAAUCAUGAAGUCCGUGAACUUGUACAGAAUGCAGGGCUACAGGUUUAUGCAUUGAAACGUGUUCGGAUUGGCAGGUUCAGGCUUCCGGCAGAUCUGGGAAUUGGGAAGUUUGUUGAGCUCAAACAGGCUGACAUCAAGGCACUAGAAGGCAACAAGUAGAGAUGACACCUGGGUUCUUUUAGUGAGGAUAUUGGAAUUAAUGUGGAUAAGCACAUCUUCGUCCAAAGAUGCAGCAAUCCUUCUGACAGUCGCAAGGCAUGAGCUGCUACUCAACUAAGAAAACCUGUGAAUGUUCUCGAUGUCCAUUGGGUGUGGUGGUGGCGGCUAACGGGCAAAGUGCGACAACCAUACUUUUUUUUUUGAAGAACUUGUGAACCACUUCGCUGACGAAUCUCCACAUCAGAUGAAACAGCAGAACCUCCAAGUCCACGAUGCAGCAGUCGUUUGGUGGGGAUGAAACAUUGUCAAAUAGCUGAACUCCUGACGGCAUAUACGUUGUACAUAUCAAUGUAAAUCGCAUGGUCUUGUGCGAGGACAUGAACCAUUUGUGCAACAGUUAGACAAUAAUUGAUGACAGACGAAUUGUGUUUGGCCAAAUUGCAUUGUAGCUUGUUUGCUGAGCAUUUUUUCUUUAAAAUACUUUACUGGUAAAUAGAACGGUGCUGUGCCCUUUCGUUAA